AUGACGCGGCAAAGGUUGUUCCAUGUCCGCAUGGGCUGCCAACAGAGCAGUCCGGAGGCCUGCGUCGAGCAGUUGGCCCAUGCCGGCCCUGUGAAAGUGGAAAAAGCCGUGGAGAAAUUGAAGCAGUCAGUGUGGUGUGACGAUGCCAAACAACGUCGGGCCGUGGAGGCUGGAGCGAUUGAGGCCCUGGUGGCAGCCAUGAGGCGGCAUCACACCGACGGACGUCUGCAAGGAAGCGCAGCCAUAACUUUGAGUUGUUGUUUCCUUAACCGUGAGGAGAAGUUCAGAGGCAAAGCCGCCGAGGCUGGAGCCAUGGAGGCUUUGGUGAGCGCCCUGAGGAAUCCGAGUCCACCUGCCUGCUCUCUCCUGGUGGCUUUAGGGCUUCUGUGCAGGGGCUCCGGUCCGGUGGCCGCGAAGUGCCGGGCUUGCGCUGUGGAGCUGGGGCUGCCAGAGCUAUUGCAGAGGCCACAGCUAUUGAGGGGGCUCGACGAGUACGAUCGCGAACGGGCCGAGAAGUUGAUCACUCUGCUGAGACCGCCAGGGGACUGGGAGAGGAUCCCCUCGAAGAGCGCCAUGGAGGGCUGCGAUGCCGACGAGGUGGCCAAGGCGUGUGAGGACUUUGGAAAAUCCCUGGUAGGUGAUGAGGCAAAGAAGAGAGAGGCCUUCUCCAAAGGAGCGAUGGUGCGCCUCCUUUCAGUCAUGGAAUGUCUGACCUCUCCAAGAGCACAGGCAAUGGCAAGCCUUGCUUUACAUCGCCUGUGCCUCAACUGUGAGGAGCACAGAGUGAAGGCCGCUGAGCUGGGAGCUCUGGAGGCCGCUGAGCUAGGAGCCCUGGAGGCUUUGCUGCAGGCGCUGCAGGCCCACCCCGGAGAUGCUGCAGUGCAGGAAGAAGCGAACACUGCGUUGUUCCACCUAUGCUACAGCUCGGAAGAGUGCCGCUCGCGGGCUCUGAAACUCAAUGCCUUCGAGCUCAUCGCCCGCGCCCUGCCCACGACGAAAGAAAACGGAUUUGUUGCUCUGGGCAGCCUCUGCUUCGGGCUGGACGAAGAGGCCCCCAGCCGCCGGCGUCGAGCCCUGGAGCUAGGAGUGUUGGUGGAGAUGGAGAAGAUACGCCAUGACCAUGGCGACAGGUACCCAAACCUGGCUGCCAAAGCCCAGGCCAUCAUCGAUAUCUUGAAGGCAGCGCCAGCCACUGGGCCUGGAGGCCCCCAAAUCGCAGGCCCCUCGGCUCCUGAUUGCGAGGAGGAUGCCAGCGAAAGGCCGGGAGAUGACAAUUCGAGUGUAGCUGGAGCAGAGGAGCAGCACGAGGCCUCCUCCAAGGGGUUCCUGGACAAGUUGCAGGAGAUGUUCCAGGGUGUUUUCCACAGUGACGACGGAGAAGCUGGACGAGAGAGCGAGGCGUCCACAACUGCCAGCUUUGCAGACCCGAGCUCUGCCCAUAUCUCAGAGAGCAGCACCGCCCCAGAGCCCGAGAAGGAUUCCAAAGCCCAGGCAGGCGUGGUGUUGCCAGAGCCAACGGCGGCUGAGAGGCAGCUGCUGUCUGCUAUGAGGGGCAGCGACCCCGAGCAUUUGAAGCGGGCCAUCCAGGCCGCCAAGGCCGCCAAGGUGAGAGCCGAAGUUCUGCUGGAGGCACACGAGGCACUCCUGGUGGCUUG